AUGAUGGAGUUUUUUUUCUCAGCGAUUUUGCGAUUUUUAUCUGUAGAAGAGCUACUUCUAUUGUUUUUAACGAAACGUUUCAAACAGGACUCCUCAUCAGACGUUGAACCUAUCGAGGGACAGUUACGAAGCUUCGAGUAUAAACAUGGGUCAUUCGUUGACAAUGGAUAUGAGUUCAAAGGACUCGGAAGAGCGAUUUCUAGAAAAAGAGAUGAAAAUCGUCGAGCCACAUGUCCUGAAAUCUAUCUACAACCGGAAACCAGUUCUCCAACGCGCCACGUCGUCGUUCGAAUAUACGGCAGUCGAAACAGUGGCAAAAAAACACUCGCACAUCAAAUUCACCAUGUUGCCUCGACCACGACACCCAAUCAGACGCAUUUCAUAUCUGGUGAAACAGAAGAGGCAGAGCCGCGAACAAGAACUACUAAUUUCCUCCUGAAUGGUGAAGAAGUGCAACUGGAAACUGUAAUGGAAUCGACGCUUGAGUCUGCACCAUUCACCGAUCAGCUGACGACAUACAUUGUCAUCUAUUCAGUGGAUAGUAGAGAAUCAUUUAAACGAGCGACAAACAUACUGUACAGAAUCUACCAGACUCGAAAAUGCACCAUUAUUCCUGUAUUACUUGUGGGCAACAAGAUUGAUUUGAAACGAAACAUUGUCGUUUCUACAAUCGAAGGGAAGUCAUUAUCGAAAAUCUACAAGUGUGGUUUUGUCGAGGUGUCAGCGCUACUAUCAAUGAACAUCACCACGAUGUGGGCUGAACUAAUUCGACAGAUACAGGAUCCAUUCGACCAUAAGCCAUCGCCUGAACAUUCAUGGGUGCAUCGGCUUGUGGUUCGUGGUAGACACAUCGCGAAAUCAUGUGAAGAGCUUGUGCAAAAGAUUAUCGCUUAG